AGUCUCUGCACCUAGAAGCCGGGGUUUCUGCUCGUUUAUCUCUGUCACCUCCAUCCAUUGCAAGCAUGACCGAACCAAGUCCACUCGAAUUAAUCAUCCUCGGAAGUAAUCGUGUGAGCUGGGACUUAUACCUUUGGUUCACAAGUUUGGAGCUCCCGGGCAGAUUCACUCUGUAUGAAUUGGCUCAUCGCUUCAUUGAGGAGCCCACUGGGGACCUCACCCCGAUCCAAGUUAGUUGGUGGGGUGGAGAAAAGGCACCGCCACGACAGAUCAUCCUGGAGAACCAAGCAUUCAUCGUCGCCUUCGAUUUUUCGGACGAACAAACAUUCAAAGCCGCCAGGUCCAUCGCAAUUGCGGUGAAGAAGGUCAAGUCGAAGAAUUGUGCAAUGAACCUGAUUGGGCUCCAGCGCCGCCAUUGCCGGCUCCAGGUGAGCCUCGAUGAUACGACCAUUCUAGCAAAUAAGCUAGCAGUAUCGAUAUUCUCGAUUCAGCCCCAAGCAGAACACAAAUCCAUAGAGGCCUUUCUCGACCUUAUCAGGCAGUGCCGCGAGGAGAGAAACAGCAGCAAGUUUCCUCGGCACGAAAACCGAGUGUCACGAAUGAUCAGGAUGAUCUGGGCCAAUCUCUUUGGGAUCCUGAGUUAAGGCUUGUCGCGGUGCGACGUAAGCCUACUAGAGUCCAAGACAGAGGAAAGCUGUACGCAGUGAACUCAUAAUCUCCAAAUCGUAAUUGAAA